GUAGCGGAAGCCACAACCCGAACCUCUCUCCCUGCCGUUUUACCCCCAAAUCCCCCUCUCUGCUGCAGCUCUGCACACCGCCAGUUCGCCACCACCGCCCCGCGACCCCGGCCGCCGUAGUGCUACGCGGUGGCGCAGGCCUGAGACCAAGCGCAGCCGCCAUGGACGAGGAGGCGAAGCACACCACUAGCGAGGAGGACAGCACUAAGGCCGCUGCAGCCGAGGCAGCCUCUUCGCUGGCGCCCGCGGGUUCGGAGUCGGCGGAGCGGGAGGAGGACGUGGGGAAUUUGGUGGAGAAGCUGGCGGAGCUGGUGGACGAGAUCGCCGUGAUCUCGGAAUUCAGGAACGCGUACCGGAGGCAGUUCUGCAACCUGUCGCGGCGGAUCCGGCUGCUCGCGCCCAUGCUGGAGGAGGCCAAGGAGGGGCCACGCCCGCUGCCCAUGGCUUCGGUGACCGCGCUCCGUCAGCUCAGGGAGGCGCUCACCGGCGCCAGGGAGUUGCUCCGCCUCGGCAGCAACGGCAGCAAGAUCUUCCUGGUUCUUGAGAGGGAUAAAAUAAUGCAGACCUUCCAGGAUAUUACCUCAAGGCUUGAACAAGCUUUAGCUGGUAUCUCUUUUGAUGAGCUUGGCAUAUCGGAUGAAGUAAGGGAACAGGUUGAAUUGGUGCAUGCUCAAUUCAAAAGAGCAAAAGAACGGCCAGAUACAUCUGAUGACAUUCUUUUUAAUGAUCUGAUAGCUGUCUAUAAUUCAAGCACCAAUGCUAAUGUUGACCCAGAUACUCUUCGAAGAUUAUCUGAGAAAUUGCAGCUUGUAACCAUAUCCGACCUCAAUCAAGAAUCAUUGACCUUGCAUGAGAUGGCAAGUGGUGGGGAUCCUGGUGCGGUUGUUGAGAAUAUGUCAAUGCUGCUGAAAAAGAUAAAGGAUUUUAUGCAGACUGAGGAUCCUGCAAUAGGCAUCCCAGCACAUGGGGAAAACCUUUCCCCCAAUGACAACUCGACAUCUCCUGUUGUUCCAGACGAUUUCCGUUGCCCAAUAUCAUUGGAUUUAAUGAAAGACCCUGUUAUUGUCUCCACCGGGCAGACUUAUGAGCGAGUUUGCAUUGAGAGAUGGUUGGAGGCUGGGCAUGACACCUGCCCUAAGACGCAGCAGAAGCUUCCCAAUAAAUCUCUGACUCCGAAUUAUGUGCUUCGCAGCCUCAUAGCUCAAUGGUGUGAAGCAAAUGGUAUCGAGCCACCAAAGCGCCCUGCUCAGCUUAGUAAUGCACCACCAUUAUGUACUGCUUCUGAGCAUAGUAAAGUUCUUGAGCUUCUACAGAAAUUAUCAUCCCAGAAUCUUGUAGAUCAACGUGGAGCGGCAGGUAUGCUUCGUCAGCUUGCCAAGCGUAGUGCUGAAAAUCGUGCUUGUAUAGGAGAUGCUGGUGCUAUUCCUAUCCUUGUGAGCCUGCUACCAACAACCGAUGUUAGCACCCAGGAACAUGUGGUUACUGCACUCCUGAAUCUUUCUAUUUAUGAAGAGAACAAAGCAAGAAUUGUUACCUCUGGAGCUAUUCCUGGAAUUGUACAUGUGCUAAAGAGGGGUAGCAUGGAAGCUCGGGAGAAUUCAGCUGCCACACUGUUUAGCCUAUCACUAGUGGAUGAGAACAAGGUAACAAUUGGGGCUUCUGGAGCAAUUCCAGCUCUGGUACUGCUAUUGGGCAAUGGAAGUCAACGUGGUAAAAAGGAUGCGGCAACAGCACUAUUUAACUUGUGUAUCUAUCAGGGCAACAAGGGUAAAGCUGUUAGAGCUGGAUUGGUCCCUAUACUCCUUGAACUUCUCACGGAGACUGAAACUGGGAUGCUGGAUGAGGCCCUUGCUAUACUUGCAAUUCUCUCGAGCCAUCCUGAGGGCAAGGCAGCUAUCAGCGCAGCCGCUGCCAUACCAAUUCUGGUUGGAGUUAUCAGAAAUGGAUCCUCAAGGAACAAGGAAAAUGCAGCUGCUGUUCUGGUGCAUCUCUGUAAUGGUGAACAGCAGCAACAGCAUCUCGCAGAAGCACAAGAGCAGGGUGUUGUGACCUUGCUGGAGGAGCUAGCAGAAAGCGGCACGGACAGAGGAAAAAGAAAGGCCAUCCAGUUGCUCGAGCGAAUGAAUAGGUUCCUAAAGCAGCAGAGUCAAGCCCAAGGAGAUGUGAUGGCACUGGCUCAUUCUCAGGCCCAAAAUCCGUCCCUGGCUUCCCAGACUCUGGUUCAAGCUCCAGCAGAUACUCAGCUAGCAGAAUCACUGCUUCCUGCUUCCUCACAUCUUCCCGAAAGACGAGGUGAUUGAUCAUCAGCAUAUUUUGUGCUACACCGUGGUUUGUUUUUGGCGAGGCUGGCAGGUGGAAGAUCUCCUGCAAUUCUUAGUCUGGUUAUGUGUGGUUUUGGGUGCACAAUGUGAAUCAUGAAGGCAGGAAACCCCGGCAUUGUGAUUUAGGGCCAUGUGACAAGUCAGUUUUGCAACCAUGGUUCCAUUAACCUGUGUGUGUCUGUUAGUGUGUCGUUCGUACAAUGUGUCAGUGAUUGAACGUAGGAUCCUCGAGUUUUAGGGAGGUUAUCAUCGUGCUUCUACCCGGUGCCUAGUACAUGACUAGUUUGUGGCUUCCUAGGGUUAUAAUUUUACCCGCCUGACAAUGAGAGUUCCAGUAAAGCAUUAGUCAAAGUUUUUGUUUAGCUCAGAGUUUUUUCUGAACAGAAUAGUUGGAGAGCAUCGAUGUGCUAUUGACAUGGACAGUUCUUCACCUGUAUCUUGUUGAAAGAAACCAAUGUGGUGAGAUCUUGAGCAGUCUGUCCGCAUGUUGUCAUGAAAUAUUGAAAUCCGCCCUGUCCCUGGAA